AGACACAGAAAUCAUACAGUGUCGGGAGUGUAGACACAAACAGUGUUACACAACUGAUCGAUUUUCGUUACGAACGGGCGUCUUCUGUUCAGACAUAUAAAGUCAACAGGAAUUUAGUCUACAAGGUUUACUCAGGUGUGACAGUGUCUAGCAGGAAGCAUGAGGAAGCACCUUGCUACGUUUGCCAUGAGCUGAUUUUGGUUCCCGGAGGCACAAUUUGGUUGUGCCCCGGGAGUGAUUGGCACCCGAGUGGGGUUCACAGGGGGGACAACUCCCAACCCCACCUACAGAAACUUGGGUGACCACACAGAGACUGUGGAGGUUGUGUUUGAUCCCGAGGUAACCAGUUUCCGUUCUCUACUGGGGAUGUUCUGGAAGAAUCAUGACCCAACAUCCUCCCGCAGCAGGCAGUACAUGUCGGCCAUUUUCUACCAAGAUGAUGAGCAGAGGAAGUUGGCAGAACUUACUAUGAAGGAACAGCAGGGUAAUCGAGCCCGACCCAUCGCCACGGUGAUUACCAAGGCAAAGACUUUCUAUAAUGCUGAGGACUAUCACCAGAAGUAUAUGCUGCGUCACUAUCCAGACAUCAUCCAGUCGCUCCACCUCACUGACGAAGAAAUCAUCACAUCAUCUGUUGCUGCCCGACUCAAUGGCUACCUUGGUGGGAACGGAACUCUUGAGCAGUUCAACGAGGAAUGUCCCGCAUUUGGUCUGUCAAGGAGUCAAGUGGAGCUUGUCAGGAAGAAGGUCAACAGUCGCAUGUAGUCCCAGAUGGCGCUGAUCCUAUCCCUAACCCAGUCCCGACAGAAACCCUACCCCUAACACAAUCCCUGAAUCUAGGCCUAGCCCUGGCUCAGUCCUGACCCAAACUCUAGCAUUGCCACAAUCAGUAACCAAGCCCAAGCCUUGACACAAUCUCAAAACACAAUCCCAACCAAAGUGCUAGGUCUAAUACAGCCCAACCCAAACCUAGCCCUAGCCCUAGCCCUAAUACAUCCCCUACCUGAGCUCUGACACAAUCUCCAAACACAAUCACUACCCAGUGUCUCAUCCUGGCCCCAUCACUAUCCCAACACCAGCCCUAGCCCCAAACACAAGUCCUACCACAUCCCAAGCCCUAGCUCUAAUACAGUCCCCACCUAAACUCUUGACCUUGCCCAAACACUGUCCCCACAAAGCCCUUGUUAAAGCCUAAAAAUGAUUCCUAUCCAAGGCCUUGAUCUAGCCCUUGAUGAUGUAAAUUAUUUCUUCUGAGCAGGCAACUGCUUCCAUGUAUCUUACCAAAUACUUGUGAUCAACUUAGGACCAGUCAUAUAUUAUGUGGAGAAUUCAGGCUGGGAAUUGUCGUUGUGAACUGAAAGUAAACCCCUUCUUGUACAGAUUUUGUUUUUUGGACUGACCCGAUGGAUCCUAAUUGUCAAGGUACCCGAGACAUUAUGUAGUCAGGAUUUUACCUUGUCCUAUAAAACUUAGGGUCCAGAGAAAGCCAGUUAAAUACUUCUAAGAUUUACAGAAUACCUGAGGACAUUGUAAUGUACAGAAAUAAGGUUGUGUUGUGAAUUAUUGUGUACAACUUUAUGUUUCUUGUUGAGAAUCUUCUACAAUGAA